AAGUGAAGGAGGCAGCCCGAGAGCCGGUCCAUUCCCGUGGAAACCACGAGUCCUUUAGCACAGGCAGCUAGCUCUCCCUACUUUCCUGAGGGAUUUCUUUUGUGUGACUUGGAGAGGGGCUCAUGAAUGAUUUCUGAACGUGUGCCUCGCUCAGGCAAGCCGCACAGGGAGGGAGUAACCCAGCCGAGUGGGGGCAGAGCCAGCAAACACAGACCGCGCAGGGCUGGAAGUGGCUCUACUCUUGCAUGCAGUUUUUGAAGUCAGCAAAACAGAAAUCAAAUUACUCUAUUAUGCCUGUGGACACUCGAGAAGAAGGGACUCUACCCUGGCUUAAUUACCAUGGGAGAUGCAGCAAGUCACAGAACAGCAAAGUAUGUCUCACGUGUGGACCCUGAAGACAAAUGUAAGUUCUCACGCUGCUGUAUUUUAUUUCUGUGUUAAUUUUCUUUCUGGCUUGAAAUCACGCUUGGCCAAAACAUUAUCAUUUCAAUGAGAAUUUCUAGUGUGGAAAGUUGUUGGCUAAUCUUUGCUUAAGACUUUUCUUCUAUUAACUAAGCAUAAUGCAAAUGGAAAUUCCCGACAGCAACUAUGGCAAUUCAGCCUAGAGACUGAGAACUCUAACCCCAAGUACAUCCAAUUACUAUGGGAUUAACACUGGAUGUAUUUUUAAUUGACUUUCUUCAUGUAGAAUGCAUACCACCCCACUGUUUUUGGAUUGCAUGCUGCUUUAAUACCGCUGUGGCUAAACUACUGUGAUCGACAUAACCAACAGAAUGAGAUAGAGCUCAAUGAGAUUCCUGGUAAUUACAAAACUUUUCUGGCCAGGAUCACAUUUUUCUCCCUGAAUGCUCAAAACUCCGCAACUGCUAGGUUAAAAAGUUCAUUCUGCUUUUUUUGACCUUGCUUUGAAGAAAAACAAAGAAAGAAACUAAGCAAGACUCCACUAACACCAUGAAGGAAGGAGAUACAAAGAGCCACUGCAGUUCAGCUCCCAUUGUAAUAAUGAGAGAAAAAAGGCAACCAAAGGAGCUCAGCAUGUAUACCGGCUUCAGUGUGACCAAGCGUGGGGACAGAAAGAUGGAUGGCGAGCUGAGGCUAUAACUUGUUAGUUUUUCUUUACUUCAUCUGCUACAAAUUCCGGCUUAGAAAUGGAUAUUCUUUUUGAGGAAAAUGCUUCUUUGAGCUCAACUACAAACUCCUUAAUGCAAUUAAAUGAGGACCCAAGGCUCUACAUCAAUGACUUUAACUCCGGAGAAGCUAACACUUCAGACGCAUUUAACUGGACAGUGGACUCGGAAAAUCGAACCAACCUUUCCUGUGAGGGCUGUCUCUCACCACCAUGCUUCUCCUUACUUCAUCUCCAGGAAAAAAACUGGUCUGCUUUGUUGACAGCUGUAGUGAUUAUUCUAACCAUUGCUGGAAACAUACUCGUCAUCAUGGCAGUGUCCCUAGAGAAAAAGCUGCAGAACGCCACCAACUAUUUCCUGAUGUCACUUGCCAUAGCCGAUAUGCUGCUGGGUUUCCUUGUCAUGCCCGUGUCCAUGCUAACCAUCCUGUAUGGUUACCGGUGGCCUCUGCCUAGCAAGCUCUGUGCGGUCUGGAUUUACCUGGACGUGCUCUUCUCCACGGCUUCCAUCAUGCACCUCUGUGCCAUCUCACUAGACCGCUACGUUGCCAUCCAGAACCCCAUCCAUCAUAGCCGAUUCAACUCCAGAACAAAGGCCUUUCUGAAAAUAAUUGCUGUUUGGACCAUAUCAGUGGAGAGAGAGACCAAGACAGAGUACAAGCAGGAGGACACAGUGAAGGCGGUGUUGGACAACACAGACCUAGGACAUUUCCAAUACAAAGUUCUACUGGACAGUGCCCUUCUAGAUGUAACCCACGUGAUACAGGACCAUUUACAGUCUACAUCUCAAUCUGGUAGAGCUGUAAUGGUUUCAUGUGGCAGUCUGUUGGCAGCCCUGGCGUUAGAAUUUGUGCCUAAUAGCUCUUUGACACUUGAUUUUCAUGAACUUUGA